AUGAGGGAGAAAGAAUCCACGGAAAAGGUCGAGCAGGAUGACGGCGCGCUUCCAACCGCUGUUCAUAAGGAAGUUAAGACAGACAUUGAGGACCAUUCUCGUGGCAAGCUCAGUGCCGUCUUUGAGAACCCUCUCGCGGGGAUUCCUCGUCAGCAACUCUUUAAAGAUGUUGAAGCUUUCUGCAGCAAACAUGAUUUAAUGGAGCACGUCGAGACCUUUAAAAAAGGUGCUCUCAUUUCGCAAAACCCGGCUUCGGCAACCAGCCUCCCAGAGUUGUCGGGUGACGAGAAAGAGGCGCUUGAGCGUGAACACACGCACAAAUGGUCCCAGCCAUGGCAGCUAUAUUUCUUAGCAUCAAUGUGCUCUGUCGCUGCGGCUGUUCAGGGUAUGGAUGAAACUGUCAAUAACGGUGCCCAGGCUAUCUACUUUGCUGAAGAUCAACUUAACAUUACAUCCAAAAAUAUUCAAGGUCUCGUUGUUGGUGCCCCAUACUUGGCUUGCGCGAUUAUUGGCUGCUGGCUCACUGAGCCUUUGAACCGUCUCUGUGCUCGCCGUGGUACUAUCUUCAUCUCAUGCCUGAUUGCAGCUGUUGCCUCCGUAUGGGAAGGUGUUGCGAAUACCUGGGUCAACCUUUUCAUCGCGCGCUUUGUCCUUGGCCUUGGCAUUGGCGCAAAAUCUAGCACAGUCUCUGUAUACGUUGCGGAGUGCUCCCCCGCUCCAAUCCGCGGUGCUCUAGUCAUGAUGUGGCAGAUGUGGACGGCAUUUGGUAUCAUGCUCGGCAACAUAAUGGGUGUGGCUUUCAUGAGCCUAGACCGCGACCUCAGCUGGCGUCUCAUGCUAGGAUCCACCGUCGUACUACCCCUUGUGGUCUGCGCUCAAGUCUACUUCUGCCCUGAAUCUCCAAGGUGGCUGAUCCAGCACGGCAAGGUCAAACAGGCCUAUACCAACUUCCGCCUCCUACGUCCCACGGACAUCCAAGCUGCAAGGGAUCUGUAUUAUGCACAUGUGGGCGUGGAGCUUGAACGAAAGGUCAAUAAGGGCAAGAACUUCUUUACAAUGUUCCUCGAGCUCUUUACCGUCCCCCGCAAUCGACGUGCCACACUCGCCAGUUGGAUCGUGAUGUUCAUGCAGCAAUUCUGUGGAGUCAAUGUCAUCGCGUACUACUCUACCUCCGUCUUCACCGAAGCCAGCUACAGCCUGACCAGUGCGCUACUGGCAUCCAUGGGCACCGGUAUUCUGAACUGGGUCUUUGCCCUCCCAGCUUUCUUCACAAUCGAUACCUGGGGUCGUCGGAACCUGCUACUGUUCACUUUCCCCUUCCUCGCGAUCACUUUGCUCUGGACUGGCUUUUCCUUCUGGAUCGAAGAAGGUAAUGAGACCAGCAUAAAAAGGGUUGCAAUGGUUACGACGGGCAUGUACCUGUUCGAGAUAUUCUACUCUCCUGGAGAAGGACCCGUCCCAUUUGCGUACUCUGCCGAAUGUUUCCCACUCCAAGUCCGUGAUGUUGGCAUGUCGUGGGCUACGGCAACUACUUGGUGCUUCAACUUCAUUUUAUCUUUUACUUGGCCUUCCCUGGUCGAGUCUUUUAAACCACAAGGUGCUUUCGCUUGGUAUGCGGCUUGGUGUGUCAUCGGCUGGUUCUUGGUGCUGUUGUUCGUACCUGAAACUAAGUCUCUUACUUUGGAGGAGCUGGAUCAGAUAUUUUCCGUCUCGACCCGCAAGCAUGCCUCAUACCAGAUUAAAAAUGCUGCGUGGCACUUCCGCGUCUGGGUACUCCGUCAGAAGCUGGAGCCGCUGCCAGAGUUCUAUCAGGGCGUCGAGCGACUUGCGGAAGUAGGCAAUGCAGCUUUUACCACAGCGGGGAAAGGAGAAAAGGUACAUGAUAAGGCCAGUGACUGA